GCGGCAGCAUGUGGUCGCCUAGAUAUUCUAGAGUGGCUACACGAGGAUGUUCCUGGCGCCUUCACCGAGCAUGACAUGGACGAAGCAGCAUAUUUUGGUCAACUGGAUGCGAUAAAAUGGCUACAUCGACACAGAAGUGAGGGCUGCACGCUUGAUGCACCGUACCAGGCUGCAAGCACCGGCAAUCUAGAGGUAGUGCAAUGGCUACACGACCACUAUUCUGACAGCUUCUCGGCUUGUCUGAUGGACGGAGCUGCAACAAAUGGCCAUCUCGAGGUUAUUCGAUGGUUGCAUGAAAAGCGAACGGAAGGGUGCACGACUGAAGCCAUGGACUGGGCAGCUCUUAAUGGCCAUCUCGAUGUGAUGGUGUGGUUGCUCAUACACACAACUGAGGGAUUUUCUCGCGACGUCGUGGAAGCUGAAACCCAUGUUGAGAUUUUCAACGCUGUCGCAAACGGACACCUUGACAUUGUGCGGUGGCUGCAUAUGGUCAAAGGAGAAAAAAGUUCUGUUCAAACUGUCGAUAAAACGGCUGAGAAUGGGUACCUUGAAAUUGCUCAAUGGUUACAUGAAUCUUGCCCCGAAGGGUGUAGUACUCGCCGCCACUAG